AUGCUGAAACACCGAGUUUAUUUCGUGUUGGCGACGGUUGUUCUGCCACGGCUGAUCCACUCGCUGCCGUUGCAAUCGCAGUUGGAAGAUGGUCGAGGUGAGGGAGAUGCGGUCGGAGAGGGUGUCAGCAGAGAUUACUAUUUGUUUAUAUCUGCGGUGUUGGUUUUGUUGGGAGGCGUGUUCGCCGGUUUGACGCUGGGUCUUAUGGGCCAGGAUGAAAUUUAUCUGAAGGUGAUUAGCAGUUCUGGGACCGCGCAGGAACAACGGCUGGCGAAAAAAGUGCUGGGGCUGAUCAACCGCGGGAAGCACUGGGUGCUUGUUACGCUGCUGUUGUCGAAUGUGAUCACGAACGAGACGCUGCCGAUAGUGUUGGACCGUUGUUUGGGCGGCGGGUGGCAGGCGGUGUUCUCGUCGACGGUGCUGAUCGUUGUGUUUGGAGAGAUCAUACCGCAGAGCGUGUGUGUCAAGUACGGGUUGCAGGUGGGGGCGUUCUUUGCGCCGUUUGUGCUAGUUCUCAUGUAUGUGAUGUACCCCGUGGCGUAUCCGAUCGCGGCGCUGUUGGACUACAUGUUGGGCGAGGACCACGGGACGAUGUAUAAGAAAUCUGGUCUCAAGACGCUGGUCAUGCUGCAUCGCACGAUGGGUGUGGAGCGGCUGUCGCAGGACGAAGUGACCAUCAUUUCUGCGGUGUUGGACCUGAAGGAGAAGAAAGUACGCGAGAUCAUGACGCCGAUCGAGAACGUGUUCACGAUCAGCGCCGACACCGUGCUGGAUGAAAAGCACGUGGCGGAGAUCUUCGACUCUGGGUUCUCGCGUAUCCCGAUCUAUCUGCCCAACGAGCCCACUAACUUCAUCGGAAUGCUGUUGGUGCGUAUUCUGAUCUCGUACGAUCCAGAGGACUGUUUGCCUGUGUCGCAUUUCCCGCUCGCGACGCUGCCCGAGACGUCGCCGUCGACUUCGUGUUUGAACAUUCUCAACUACUUCCAGGAGGGCAAGUCGCACAUGUGUGUGGUGAGCGAGGAUCCAGGGUCUUCGAUGGGGGCCAUUGGCGUGCUGACUUUGGAGGAUGUCAUAGAGGAGCUCAUCGGCGAAGAGAUCGUCGACGAGUCGGACGUCUUUGUCGAUAUUCACCAGAAGAUCAUUCGUGCGCAGCCGGGACCGCUCAGCAAAAGACACGUCACUUCUUACUUGCAUCAUCUGUACACUAGCCGGAGCAGGAGCGACUCGCCCUCUGCGGAGGACUCAAGACAGCCGCUCGAGGUGAGAAACGACCACUUGGCAUGCAACGCCAAUUCGCCACAUCCGCUUGAUGCAGCGCAUAACCACAUGGCGCUGCCGUCCAACCCAGCUUCCAAUCCUCUCAAGGUGAACAAACCAUACGUGACGAUCAAAAAACCGAAUUACAACUUGCCCGCGAACGAAGAACACCUGUACAGGAAGCAUCUUGACAUGUCCCAGCGGGCCGUCGAUCACACAGAGAUGACAGGCCAGCCCACGCAGGUCACGUCGGCGCUCGCCCCAGCCACCGGCGCCCAUCACAGUUCGCCAGAACUAGCGUCCGAGGACGGCCGCUCGAGUUCCCACUCCACUAAGCCAAACGCUAUAAUCUCUUCGUCGUACAAAUCGACGAAGAACGGUAUAGUAGAGUCUGUGAUCACGGUCAAGGGCGUACCGAAGACCAUCAUUGAGGCUACAAAUAACUGGGACGAAACGUCAAGGUUGGUCUCGCCGAAUCACGUCGGCAGCUACACUGAAGGUCCAAUUGACGGACCAAAAUCGCAUUUUACACAACUGUCGCCCGUGAAUUCCAGAUCCUCGACUAAAGGCAAGAAAAGUGCAAGCGACCGCUCAGGAUCCUCUGGAGCAGUGUCCUACCGAUAG